AUGCUCUUCCUCUUCGCAUCUUCUGCUUCUUUACAGGAAACAACAAUGACGUUGAGUCAAAAUUCGUCAUCAUCUAUUGGUUCUAUUCCUAACUCCAAAGGUUUGCCAUGUGACUGUUCACAGCCGUUCGAGCUCGCGAUAUCUUGGAGCGAUGUCAAUCCUGGAAGGAGAUAUUACAAGUGCGAAGAUCAUGGCUUUGUGGUUUGGCACGACAAGGAGAGAUCGUGUUGUUCGCAGAAGAACAGUCUUUUGGAGGCGAGGGACAAGAUCCUUACUCAGUCUGAAGAAAUCAAGGCUUUGUGUGCCGCUCUCCGUCAAGCCAAUGCUCAGAUUUCUGCAUUAGAGGUUGCUUGUUCCUCUGGUUCAAUCAAUGAAAGUUUGAGGUCCAUCAAAGAUCGCGGUACCGAACAUAUUAAACAGACACAAACGAUGCUACGUAAUGUGGUUGUUUAUUUGGCGGUGGGUUUGCUUUGGCUACUGCUUUAG